UGCAGUUUGGUUGUUCUGCCCCUUUUAACAUAAAGCAAACAAAAGACAAAAAUAUGAGAGCUACAUUGAGAGUGCUUCAACGUGUCCCCUUGAUCAAAUUCGUCGGGGGUCCACACACAGCUGCCCACACACCAGCAACCAUCCAUCCCUGUGCACCAGCAGGUUUGAGACCAGGGUCUGCUGGAUCAUCGGCUGCAAGCUCGGGCGCUGCUGUUGCUUUCCAAUCGAGGAAUAACCUUUCCAAGAGAUUUAGAUAUGUCCCACUUGAUGAAAUCGAGAUCGAAGACGUUUUAACCGGUGGUGCAGACGUUCUCAUCAAAUAGAACCGUAUUCCUACAUGCCGUCUAUACAUUCCUUAUUUAUUAUAACCAGAGCCAUCUCCAUCAAAUUAUAAGUUCUAUGCUUUAUACUCUAUAGGUGGUGGUGCAAACCAACAAAAUAAUACAAUUUAUUGUUACUUAUUUCUACAUCGUCAUUUUGACUACAGUUUCUUUCUAGUUCCACUGGCUGAUCAAUCAACCUGCUAAGCUGUACUUUACAAUUCUUUUCAGAUUCAACUCUGUUGCGAGCAUGUCACUCGUUUCAAUGCCCUCCAUCAUCUUUUGGAAGUAUACAUUGUAGCUUUCUAAAUUCUCGACUUUCGGCUUGUAUGUAAGAUCGAAUUUGUUC